AUAUAAGGAGGCGACAUAGGCGAGUUCGCGACAAAAGGUGUCAGACUACCCGAGUGAGUUUACAGUGUAAAAAGUGUUUAACGAGCGGAAGAAAAAAAUCGUAUAUAUGACAAUGUUACGUUAUAAAUUAACGAUUUUCUUCAUCUUUAUCAUCCUGCACUUGGUAAAGACUCAAGACCGGGGCAGAACUUUUCGUCCUGAUUUCAACCUGAUUUUCGCUAAAUCCAACAUUGUCAAUGGUAAUACACUAACGAAUAUCACCUUAGCGUCGACUCCGGCAACCACCCCACGGGAACUGCCUUCUACAACCCCCUUCGAUUGGUAUGACAUGGAAUUUAGAUUGUCAAAUGUUGGCCUUCGAAAAAUUGGCGAGGAGUUUAUCAACAGCAAUAAUUUUAUUAUCAAGCUCAAGCUCGAUAAUAACGAGAUAAGUUCCAUUUCGCCGUAUGCUUUUCACAAAAUGUCGAAUCUACGAUAUUUGGAUCUGUCCGGCAACAAAAUUCCAAAAGAGAGGUUGCUGUCCUUCGUUGGAAGUACCAAAUUGCAGACUUUGCUCAUCAACAAUAAUAAUGAUAGUAGAACUGUAGACGUAUUGAUCGAUUAUAUAGCUUUGGAUAACUUGCAGAACUUGUAUCUAUGCAACAGUCAAUUAAAGAACCUUCAGGUGCCUUACUAUCGAGCAACGCCCAACUUGAAUCAUUUGCAUCUAAGUAAUAAUAGCAUCAGCUCCAGUCCUGUCGUCUUCGACAAUAUUCCACCAAUGUUAACUCAUCUUCAUGUGGACAACAACUUAAUCGAUCGAGUCGAGCCAGAAAAACUCAGAUAUGUGCAGAAGCUUAUUAUGGACAACAACAUUAUUACCCAAGUGUGUUACGAAAAUUGUCGAGAUGCAUCUAUAUCCUUGAAAGGCGCUUUUAGUAUGCAGAAUUUGUCCUUAUCCAGGAAUAAGAUUUCAGAAGUGACAUCGGAUGCCUUUGGAGACUUGAAUAAUCUACGAUACUUGGAUCUAUCUGGCAAUGAGAUCGUUAAUAUGCACGAAAGCACAUUUAAUCAUACUACAAGGAUGAUUAAUCUCUCUCUAGCUCAUAACAAACUCACCGCCAUGCCGAAUAUUUGUCCGAUGCGUUACCUAAAGAGCCUGGAUCUAACUGAGAACCGUAUCAUGAUUUUUUUUGUUUUCUGUCGUUCGGAAAAUCUGGAAUACUUGUACUUAUCAAAUAACCACAUAACUACAAUUGAGAAUUCGGCUUUUGUCAAUCUCGAGUAUCUAAAAUAUGUGGAUCUUUCCGGAAAUCAACUCAAACAACUACCGCAGAAAUGGGUAUUGCCGUGGAACAUUCAGGAAUUGCAUCUUGAGCGAAACAACUUCACCAAGAUCGAUGAUGUAUCGUUGAUUGGUAUCGAUUCACUGAAACAUGUGUAUCUCGAUGAAAAUCCUAUGGACACAUUUAAAGUAGAAUCUUUCAAAUUACUUCCAGUUCAUUUGACGGUGCAUAUAGGAAAGGUGCGUAUUCUGGACAAAAAGGAUGAUGAUAAUAAUAGUAAUAAUGAUAAUGAUGAUGAUGAUGAUGAUUAUGAUGGUGAUUUAUUCUAAAUAGUUUCAUAAUAAACAUUUUUUAUAUAUUUUAAAGUAAAACGUAACCUUUAGUGAGAGCUUUUUUAAAAAUUUUUAAUUAUUUUAUUAAUUUUCGUCAAUAGAUUAUUAUUAAAUGUGAUUAUUUUUAGAGUAUCAUAAAAGCAUUUCUUAUCAAUUAUAUUUAACAUGUAAUAAAAUAAUUGCACUAUCUUUAAUUUUAUUCAAGUAUUUCAUAUGUAAUAUUUUGCAAAUAACAAAUAAAUGAUCCUGUGUACUCUGUCGGAAUCCGAUGCCUUUUCUGAACAUCGUCUUCCUUUGUCCUUGCAGUCUUUCACACGCGUUCGCGAUGCGAAUACAAAAAUCGAUAUUUCAAACGGCAUUACCGAUGCGCAUUUUGUCGAACAAAAAUAAAUCUCGAAUGCCAUCGCACGACACUUCAUCGUUCGAUAUUUUAUCGCAAUCACAAUAACCAACGAUAGAAAGGAUGAGAUAAAAAUUGCGGGGAGUAGUAAGGGUAGUAGAAACUAUUGGAGAGGAUUACGCGCCGAUACAGAACGAUUCACCGUGAUAUUGAAUGUUGUCGCGAAUGAUAACAGAAUAAUAACACGGACAAAGUCGUGUCGAUUCUGAUUUCAAAGCAGAAGAGAAGUAUGCAGAGAACAACAAUAUUUCUGCCGAUAUAAACCUAACGCAAGAGAAAAAGAAAGACAGAGGCUACAGCGCGAACGAGACAACCUCAUCAAAUCCUAAACGUCAUUCUCGAAACUCUUAACAUAGAAUGAAAAAAAUUGUAUAUACUAUCAAAUAUUCUUUACGUUCAAAAUUUUGUGUUUUCAAGUUUUUAGAGCGUUUUACUAUACAUAUCGUAUUAUAAAACAAGUAAAUAAAUUAAAAUUAAAGAUAAAUACAUGACAGAUUAAAAUGUCUGAAAUUAUAUCAUUUUGCAUAUGUUUGCGUCAAUUAUUCAUGUAAUAAAUCUCAAUAGAAUAAAUUUCCGCGAAAUGUGCGGCUUCUAAUUGAGUAAAA